AUGCAGAAGGAAGGCGCCUCCAAACAGUUCAAAUGCCUUCUUUCCACAAUGUUAUGUGCUAUUCUCCUUGUCAGCCCCCUUACAGUUUUCAUUUUCGGCUUCAAUAGUUCGUAUCCAAAAUGCAUCUUUGCUACUAACUCCAACAUCUCUCUCUCCCAUGGCCUAAUUGCUUUACCUGAUUCGCUGCGUAGCGAAAUCUCUCGUUUGCAGAUCAAACUGGGUUUUUUACUGGAGCAGCUGCAUGAUGAAACUUCAGAAUCAAAAGUGAUCGCAAAGUUUUCAGAGCAGGUACUUUACAUUGCCAUUUCUUUGGACAAAAUUGCUGUUAGCUUAUCAGAGAGCAGUAAGAAUUCUCCCUCUGCUAAUAAUGAGGUAAGCAAUGUGGAUGAAGAUUUCAGUGAUCCUGAAGAAGGUGAAGCCGAAGAACAGUUUAUGAGUGGGAAUGUCUUCAAAUCAGGUGAGAUUCGUAGUUACAUUUCACCAAAACCAAACAGGCUAGUUGGGAAGAAAAAUUUUCUUGGGGUGGAUGCACUAACUCCAUCAAUUGGGUUGGCUUGUGCCAAAAUGGCCUCCAACUUGGACCGGUUUAUGAGUUACAAGGUUCACAGUGCGUGUCCAGAUGAUUCGCAAAUAGCUCAGAAGCUUAUAGUUCACGGUUGUGAUCCAUUGCCAAGAAGAAGAUGCUUCACAAAAUCACCUCCACACUACACUAAGCCAUUUCCUAUAAACGCCUCCCUUUGGACUCAACCUAGUGAUGCCAACAUCUUAUGGAACAAUUACAAGUGCAAAGACUACUCUUGCCUUGUUUCUAAAGAAACCGCAGACAGAAGAGGGUUCUUCAAAUGCUCAAGCUGUUUCAACAUUUCACAACACGGGUGGAAUGUUCCUACGAAUGAGUCUGUAUCAGCAGAGUUCACCAUUGAUGAAGUCCUUAGCUUAAAGCCGGGGGAGAUAAGAAUCGGCCUAGACUAUAGCCCUACAACUGGUAAUUUUGCUGCUGUGAUGAGGGAAAAAAAUGUCACCAUUGCAUCAAGUACACUAAACUUAGGAAUUGAACUUCUUCAAUUUGUUCUGUUUGAUUGGGAUCGCGUCCUUCGGCCAAAGGGUCUUCUUUGGAUAGACAGGUUCUUCUGUCAUAAAGAGGAUAUGAAGCUGUAUUUGGAGGAGUUUAACAGGUUAGGCUACAAGCCACUACUAUGGAGGGUAGUACCCAAGAAUGAUAAGCUUGGAGAUGAGCUCUUCUUCUCAGCUGUAUUGGAGAAGCCAAUUAGAGGUUGAGAUUAGCAGGCCUGACAAGUCUAAUAAGCCACUAGAUCUAAAUGGUAUGUCGUGAUUUGUCCAUGUAUUGGUGCAAACUACUUCUCACUAUUUUUGCAGCGAGAUUUGAUCUAUUUCGUCUUGAAAAUAUUUAUCCGACUCAUUGCAAGACAGCCAAAAGUUGACGAAAAUAGUUCUAGGUUUCAAACCCCAUGUACAUAAUUUGGAAUUUUUAUGGUUCAGAAACUAAAAAUUCUAACAAAGUAAUCUUUGUAGAUAACUGAUAAC